AUGCUCCAGGAUGAGGAGAUAACAGAGAUUGCUGAUGAAACUGGAUGUAAGUUGUUUUUUGUUGUAUUUUUUUGAUUUUUAGGAGCUGUUUUUAUGAGUUGAAAGUUUAAGGUGAAUGUUUUUGCGACGAAAAAUUGUAAAUUAGAUAAGAAAAUGGAGACAAGUUUAUUUGGAACAGCUAUUUAUAAACACUACAAUGUUUUAUAGAUAAACUGAAACUUUUUUUUGUUUUUUGGUAAUUAAAAUGGUUUUUUAAAAAUAAAUUUACUAUUUCAGUCUCAAAGAACCAGAUUGUGCGUCUAUACAGCAGGUUUUUGUCGUUGGAUCGUCAAGGCAGAGGGUAUUUGGAUAGAGAAGACUUUUUACGAAUCCCAGAGCUUGCCAUAAACCCACUUGGAGAUCGAAUUGUUGACGCUUUCUUCACAGAAUCGUAUGUUGUUAUUGUAUUCUUUUAUGUUAUUGCCAUGGGUAGAAAAUUUUAAAAUUUUGUUUGUUUUCGAGCACUUGACCGGAAAUAUUAUGUAUUACAAGCCUUUUCAUAGUGUAAUUUAUUCAAAAUCUUAAGCCUGGCUGAUUGAAUUAUGUCGUUUUUAGGAUAAACCACCCAGAACUCACGAAUCGAGCCUACCAUGAUACCGAAGCUGAAAGCAAGAUCAAUUUCCGUCAAUUCGUCCGAGUUUUGGCUCAUUUCAGGCCAGCAAACAAGUCACAGAACGAUGGGAUUAACAGUCGGCAAAACAAACUUCGAUGUAUGUUAUUAUAAGGCUGUUUUAGGUUAACAUGAUGUUAUUGUAAACAAGUAUGUACAUGUUUUUGAUAUUUUCGAGGCUUUUUAGAAAGAAACCUUUGAGAUUUAUAUUUUUUGGAAGAAAUGUGUAAAUAAUGACUUUAGAAUUGGUGAAUUCUAAGGUUUUUUGACCGCAUCUCUAACCUUUACCUGAGGAAAAGCAUGGUAAAUCAAAGAAAAUAUAAAAACUUAUUUCAGUUGCCUUCUCCAUGUACGACCUGAACAAGAACAACUACAUAACGAAGGAGGAGUUCAAGUUCAUCUUGAACAUGAUGGUGGGCAGCAACAUAACUCCCGACCAACUCGACUCUAUCGCCGACCGCACCAUCACCGAAGCCGACACGGAUAAGGAUGGGCGGAUUUCGUUCGAAGAGUUCUGCAAAGCCAUGGAACGCACCGACAUCGAACAGAAAAUGUCCAUUCGCUUCCUGAACUAA